UCUGUUCUCUCUGUGCUGGCGCGUGGCUGAGCGUGCGGUGUGUGCGCGCGUUCCAUCCUCUUCCGGCCCGGAUCCCUCGCCAACCGACAGCCUUUCCAGUCACCUCUCACACAUAGACUGCUGCCGCCAUGUUCGGUGCUGUUGUCCUUCGGCGAUGUGUCUCUUCAGGGCUCCGGAGCCUGCCCCGCUGUCGUCUGCAGCCCUCACCGGCAUGUACCCCAGCUGCAGUAGCUUCUCGCUGCUAUUCUCAUGCCAAACAUGAAUCAGAUGAGGAGUUCGAUGCUCGUUGGGUGACAUACUUCAACAAGCCAGAUAUUGAUGCCUGGGAGCUGAGGAAAGGCAUGAACACCCUUAUCGGGUAUGAUCUGGUGCCAGAACCAAAAAUUAUUGAUGCUGCAUUGCGUGCAUGCAGACGGUUAAACGACUUUGCAAGUGCAGUCCGCAUUCUAGAAGCCGUGAAGGACAAGGCUGGACCCCAUAAGGAAAUCUAUCCCUAUGUUAUUCAAGAGCUAAGACCAACUUUAGAUGAGCUUGGAAUCUCCACUCCAGAAGAGCUGGGCUUGGAUAAAGCAUAAGCAUUAAAGGGUUCCAUCCAAACGUUUUAUCAAUGAUGCUACUUGAUUGUACACAGCCAUCCAGAAAUGCAAAGAUGUUAACGUAUUACCUUAUUUCAGAUGAAAAUACGACAAACUGUUCUUUUAUUGAGUCCUAUUGUGUUUAAUAUUAUGUCGGACCUAAUAAAGGGACAUUGUUUAAA